AUGGCUGCUCUCCGAUUCACCAUUGACAGCGAGCUUUCUGACAGAGCGGGAGCGAUUGUUGUCCACCGCUUGAGCAGUAACAAGACCGGUGCGAAGAAUACGCACAUGAACGAAGAUCAGAUUGCGAAGACGUUGCUUAAUGGCCGAAUUUGGUUAUUGGUUUUUGCGGUUUUCGCGCAUAACUUGACGAAUUCGCUGCAGACAGCUGCAGACAAUGUUUAUGGGAAUUAUUAUUAA